AAGCUGCCCGGCCUUCUCGAUGCCACGCUCGACCAGCUCAACGAGGGGCUGAGGAGUGGUCACUUUACCAGUGUCCAGCUUACCAGGGCAUAUCUCAAACGCAUAGAGCAAGUCAACGACUUGGUCCACGCCGUCGUCGAGACCAACCCCGAUGCGCUCGACAUUGCCCGCAGCCUCGACGAGGAACGGGCCUCUGGCUCCGUCCGAGGGCCCCUCCACGGAAUCCCCAUCCUCGUCAAGAACAACAUUGCCACAAAGGACAAGCUCAACACAUCAGCCGGCUCCCAUCUCCUCCUCCACGCCACCGUCCCCCAGGACGCCUUCGUCAUCCGCAAGCUCCGCCGCGCAGGCGCCAUCAUCCUGGGAAAAACCAACAUGUCCCAGUGGGCAAACUACCGCGCGCGCGACUACAGCAUCAACGGCUGGUCCUCCCACGGCGGCCAGACGCUCGCCGCAUACAUUGCCAACCAGAACCCCUCGGGAUCCUCGAGCGGCAGCGCCGUGGCGGUCGAUCUGGGGCUCGCGUGGGCGGCGCUGGGGACCGAGACGGACGGGUCGAUUGUGUGUCCGGCGCAGAGGAGCGGCGUCGUGGGCGUCAAGCCGACGGUUGGGCUGACGUCGCGGAGCCUCGUGGUGCCCGUCUCGGAGCAUCAGGACUCGGUCGGGCCAAUCGCCAGGACGGUCAAGGAUGCGGCGUAUCUGCUCCAGGCCAUUGCGGGAGAGGACCCGGACGACGAGUACACGGCUGAGAUGCCGAAGCUACCAAACUACGUGGCUGCGUGCAGAGACAGCCUGCUGGGAGCCUGGAUCGGCGUCCCCUGGAAAGCCAUCAACGAAGGGCUCGAAAAGUACCCGCAUCUUGCCUCGGAAGUCGAGGUCUUCAAGGACGCCGUCCUCUUUAUGGAAAUCGUCGGCGCAUGCGUCGACGAAGACGUCGACUUCAUCUCAACGACGAAAGACGUCCGCGACGCCGAAAAGACCGUCAUGAGAGCCGACUUUCUCGGAAACAUUGCCUCGUACCUGUCCAAGCUCGAGUCCAACCCGAGCGCCAUCCACACCCUCGCCGACAUCCGCGAACAGACGCAGAAACACCCCCUGGAAGCCUAUCCGCAGCGCGACACGGGCCUCUGGGACGACAUUCUCGAGCAUCACAACUGGGACAACACCGACCCGCGGUUCGGCCCGGCAUACGAGCGUCUGCGCGAACUCGGCGGGCCGGGCGGCCUCCCGGGCGUGCUGGAGAAGCACCGGCUGCACGCGGUGGCGAUGCCAACGAGCAUGGCGGCGAUGUGGGCCGCCGUCUCGGGGUCGCCGGUGGUGACGGUGCCGAUGGGCUAUCACGCGGCGACGGAGCCGGUGCACGAGGACGGCGGCGGCGGCGGCAUGGUGGAGACGGGGCCGGGGGUGCCGAUGGGCAUCAGCUUCUUGGGCAGGCGGUGGUCCGAGGCGAAGCUGCUUGGGAUAGCGCAUGAGUUUGACCAGAGGAUGAGGCUGCGAGGGCGGGGGCCGGCGAGGGUGGUUGAGCCGACGGCGGAGAUUUGUUGA